AUGGGCCGAGAGGCCAGCGUGUGCACACGCCGCUCUCGCCUCAAUUUACCACGGCGAGUUUCGGAUUCGGACUACCUGCGUCUGCAUCUGCGUCUGUGUCUGUACCCGCCAGCUGGCCGCCGCCGUCCCGCCCACUUUGGACGCUUCAGCACGCCUUGGCUGGAUGUUGCGGCGCGAGCUUGCGACGACUUGGCUCAGCCACGCAUUGAGGCCGAUUCCCCGGGGAAGAUGCCGCUCACAAAGGAUGUCAUCAAGUUUGGGACCUUUGUGGUUACAAGUCAGGUGUUCCACGUAACACGCCUGUCCUUUGCCAUAGUCAAUCUGAAGCCCCUCCUGCCCGGCCAUGUCCUCGUAUCACCGCGCCGAGUCGUGCCACGCUUCAACGACUUGUCCGCAGCAGAGGUCCAAGAUCUCUUUCUGACCGCCCAGCGCGUCUCGCGCAUGGUUGAGCGUGUGUUUGAUGCCUCAUCGCUGAACAUUGCGAUUCAAGACGGCGUAGACGCGGGACAGAGCGUGCCUCAUGUGCACGCGCACAUUAUCCCUCGCAAAAAGGCCGAUCUGGAAGAGAAGGGCGGCACCGAUGCCAUAUACACCAUGUUGGAGAGCGAGGAUGGUGAUUUGAACAAACACCUCAAGGAGAAGAAGCGAGCUGCCAGCACAGACGGAGCUGAAGACAAGAAGAGGUCUCGCUUCCCGGCUGUCGACAACGAGAGUCGCAAGCCCAGGAGCGAUGAGGAGAUGCAAAAGGAAGCUGAAUGGCUGGCACAGGAGAUGGACAAGGAUGAACAGGCAGCAGGCAGCAACGGGGACGACUGACUGCCACCACGGUAGCCUAUUAUUUGUAGUCGCCUUCAUCAAAUACCGUACCUUCCACAACA